UCCGAGAGAGGCCCCAGACAGGAUAUGAUGGAGCUGCCGAGCCCAGGUGACAGAGCUGUUGUUGCAGGAGGCCGGCAAUCCCCAGUAGAUUACUUUAACUCUGCCGAUUUGCAAGGUGUCCUGGAGAUUGCGUCCAAACACUAUGCACAGAUUAUCCAGCAACACGAAAUGACUGAUGAAUUCUUCUAUAGUUCAGGUGGAGAGAAGAUAAAAAUUGAUGGAUCUAGUGUUCUUCAGAUACAGCUGCAUCGGGAGGAGGGCUGUGGGAAAAUGCUGAUUUUGGUAAACCCCAGGAGAAGAGAAUCAGUUUUGGCGAUUUAUUUAAACGGACGCUGGUGGCCUGUAGACGAGAUCUUACGAUCGUCUAUUCCCGGCCGAGAAGGUCUGAUACAGGUCCAGACAUUUGGAGAACGGAUUGGCCUCUUUGUCCUCAACUGCUUAGUGUGUGGGUUUAUGGAGGGUGGUGAGUCGGAGGAUGGAGUCUGCUUUCUUCCACACUCUGCAGGAGAGCUAGCCAAGAUCCUCUGGCACCAUGGAGAGGCAGUAGCAUUCUACACGUACAAAAUCAAAGGCAGCUUAUAUAAUGACAGAAACAGCCAUUGUUACCUGCUACCUGUUCUAGACACAUUGUUUGUUAGAAAGAGAUGGCGAAGACAUGGCUUGGGAACACGAAUGUUACAAGAUUAUUGCCAAACCUUUGCAAGGGAGCUUGCUUUGGGUGUCAGUUGCCCUAUUUCUCCUGCUAUGUAUCGAGUAUGCAGCAAAUUCUUAAGGGAUCAUCCCGAAGAACAAGAUCGAAUGUGGGAAGUGGACCCUCCAGGUGACUGGAGUCAGAGAAUUAAUAUCUGGUUAAAGAUACAGCUUGGAGAAACUCCAGCGCUGCAGGAGUGCACAUCAGACUAUACCAGUGAAUGCACAGAUACGAACAGCCUUUCAAAUGAAAAAAUCGUAAAUGGCCGUCUUGAUAGGAAAGGCUCCAUCUCACCUGAGGAUGAUUCAUAUGUUGUUUUAAGGACACGGGGGGAAAACAAAAAGAGAAGACGCACGACAGACUGUAGAGAUGAAAACGUCAACAAGCAAAGAAAAAUUAACUGAGGUUUUAAGCACUUUUUGUGUGUUCUCUUGCAUUGAACUAAACAUGAUCCAUAGAGUGAAUGUGAAUGCAGUCUUCCCCUCCAAAAUGAACUAAUUGUGCUUAUUAAUCCCAUAAUAACACCUUAAAUCUGUAAAACUGCAGUCAAGAGGGAAAAUUGUGAGGAUAAUUAUCUCAACAUGCUGUUUGGUUCUGUUUAACCAAAGGCACGUCAUUUGGAAUGUGUAAUAAUGACUUGUCUAAUUAUUGCUUUUACUGUUUACAAAUAAUUAUUUUGUAUUUAACGAACAAAUAGACCCUAAUUUAUGUGGACUGCAAUGGCUAUAUUUUGCGUAAACACCACUGGGACACUGUAUUAUGAAUUUGUAGGAAUAAACAACAACUUUGUAAACCGAA